CAAUUUCUUGUUCAUUUUAAUGCCUGGUACCACUAAAGGUAAAUUACCUGAAGAAUACGAUGAACACAACCAAAAAUGCAGUUGAUUACAUAAUAUUUUAUGUCCUAUUUGACAUGCUUAAGCUUAAUUUUAUUCCCAGGGUAUAUAAGAGGCCAUUUCAUGUCAUAAGCAGCACUGCACAUGUAAAGUCCUAGAGUGGUUUCCUGCUGACAUUGAAGCUGUAGCACAAGUCAGAAGUUGUCAGCUCUCACAUAAUGCCUAAAACAAAAGAAUUAUGUGAAGCCACAAAGGCACCCAUCUUGGCACUGCUGGAAAUUGGCAUGAGUGAGAGACAGGUAGCAAAAAAACUGAAGAUCUCCAAUACAGCCGUUCAUCACACCAAGAAAAAAAAAGCCCAACAUGGUUCUACCAAAUUGCUAUCUGGUUGCGGCAGGAAACGUCUUUUUACCCCAUGAGAUGACCGUGCACUCAUCUGUUCCUGUGUCAGGAAUCGUCAGACCUCCAGGGACCUUAAAAAUGAGUGGCUACUGUGGAGAAAUGUGACAUACACAUCAUCGGUUCUGUUGUAUCUGAAGUUCUGUACUGAUGCUGUCCUGCCCACAAAGACCAUCGAGGUUUUCCCAAACCAAAAACCAUGUCUGGAUAGCACAGUGAAACCCCAACUCAAAGCCUGUGACGCCCCCUACAGGUCAGGUGACAAACUGGCCUACAGCAGGGUCUGGAAAGAACUGAAAAAGGGCAUUCAGUUGGCAAAAUGCAGGUACAAACAGCGCAUUGAGGAGCAUUUUGCUAAUACCAACCCACAAAGUAUGUGGAGAGGCAUUAGGACCAUAACAGACUAUAAGCGCAGUGAUGAGCUGGUUAUCCAUGCUUCCACCCUCCGUGACACCCUGAACACAUUCAUUGCUCGUUUUGACACACCUGGCAGCAGAGAGAGUGUUCAUCUACCCCGACUGGAGGAACAGCAUCAGUCUCUGGUCCUGCAGCUGCACCAAGUCAUCUCUUCCAUGAAGAGAAUCAAGACUAACAAAGCUGCAGGACCAGAUAGGCUGUCAGGUUGCACUCUGAAAUUGUGUGCCGACCAACUGGCAGGAGUUUUUCUGGACAUUUUCAACCUGUCCCUGCAGCUUGCCACAGUCCCCCAUAACCUCAAAACCUCCAUCAUUGUCCCUGUGCCUAAAAAAUCAGCAGUCCCCUGCCUGAACGAUUACAAUUGUCAGUGGCUCUUUUGUGUUUAUUUUGUUUGAUUUGGGCAUUUCCUAUUUUGUAUCAUAUGUAUAGUCUAAUUUGACCCCUGCCCAUUGCGCAUAUUUUGUUUCCAGUAAGCAUCAGCAACUGAUUAGAUUUCUUUUGUUUUUGUUUCCCCCCUAGUGUGAAUGGUGUCAAUCUGUUUUAAAAGAAUAUUUUUACAAACUUGGUUUAAAAUGUAAUAUUUUAAUUUUGGAUCCGCAUCUCAUACUUCCUGAGUAAACGAAUCUGUGUGCUUCCAGUGUUGGAGAGCGAAUUCCCAGAGUGGCGUUGUCGGGCGCCCGAUCUCCUCUGGAGACCAUCUAAUGUGGUGUUAUCCUCUUGUAGUCGUGCCACAUUUAGUUGUUGCAGGCAUUAAAAUGAACAAGAAAUUGAAGAAAAAAAGGGUGGUCUCCUAAUUUUUUCCUUGACUGCAUUUGAAAAAGUGGCCUUUGAGCUGCGUCUGUUAGAUUCUUGAUAACAUGCAGAAGUGCAGUUCAUGUACUCUUGGACACAAACAUGAUGUUGACCCUGUUUGUUUGUUUUGACUCUGAGUGCUGUGACCUUUUCAUCUGACCAUGAGCUGGAGCUACAAUGUAGUGACUGCCUCAUGCUCUUUUAUUUCACAAAUCCAGCAGGCUUAUAUUUAUUUUUCUACAUAAAGCUCAAAUUUUAUUGUCCUCGUCUUCUGUGAGUAAACGGUAAAUAUUCUCUUUUAUAAGAAAUGUAUGUUUUGUACGCUUUUGUUAAUGGAAAGAUAAACUAGAGUUAUGGUGCAUUCAUUUCUAAUACGCAAGUAGAAACGAACACAACGCAGAUUCCUCAUAAAUCCUUGUAUCCUUUCAGCGUUUAGACAGCUACCAUAUCCUCCUGAAAAUGUAUAAAUUGCAGAUUUAAACUCAGAUACUGUGUUGUUGUGUAUGAGUGGAAGUGUUUGCCAAGCGCAUUUGACCAAUGAUCUCACACCAACAGUGAACACCCUCUCUUGAGGAAAUAAAAGCAAGCAGUCUGUCACGUAUCUCUGCAGGAUUCUUGGAAACAUCCAGCUGUGCAGAUAAACUCACGCAAACCAUCAACACUCCAUAAAACUCCAACAUGAUCUUGCUCCUCUUCUUGAUCGGUCUGGCUCUGGGUGAUGUGACUCCUCCAGAUGACCAUGAAGUGAUGCAUCACCAGGGCAACUGUUCCAUGUUCUGGUCCAGGUUCAACGGCCGCUUCUACAAGUACAUCUCUACACGUAUGACCUGGGCUGAUGCAGAGCUCCACUGUGUGUCAGAGGGAGCCAACCUGGUGUCCAUCCACAGUAUUGAUGAACAUAAUUUUGUCAAUUCCCUGAUCAAGACCUAUGAUCCUGCUCGGACAAGGACCUGGAUCGGACUCAGUGACGUCCAUAAAGAGGGAGCAUGGCUGUGGUCUGAUGGGUCUAAAGUCAACUUUGUCUUUUGGAACACAGGACAACCAGAUAAUGCUGGAGGACAGGAACACUGUGGACACACCAACCAUGGCGCAGGAUUUAAAUGGAAUGAUGUGCCUUGUUCACGCACAAAGCCUUUUGUUUGUGCAUCUCGCACAGUUUGUUCUUAACAACUAAGAAACCUGCAAGAUAAAGAUACAAAAAUCAGGAAGUCAUUUCAUGAACAUUAAUUUUUAUGAAAAUAUGAUUUAGAAGAAACAAAAAUGUUCAUACAACUUGUGAUUUUUCAUGUUUUACUUGAAGAAUGAGCAACUAAGGAAACCAAACUGAAGACUAAAUUAACAGCAAUGACGUCCAAAAACCCAAAAACAUAAGGAGAGGUGGCCACUAAAAUGCAAAAGCUCAAUGGCAGCCAGUUAGACAAGACCUGGUGGACAUGGCUGGAAGGAUCCUUUGUUGUGACUGGUUUGGGUUAAGGUAGGUUGAGGUUUUCAGGGUUCAGGUUGGGUCAGACAGAGUUGAUCCAGUUUAAUAAUUCUCUCUACAGCCAGUGGAACAGGAGAGAAAUGGUGGUGGGACUCCGUGUACUCUGUAAAGGAGGACCUGCCCCAUCUGUUUGUAUAAAGGACUCAUUCUGAGCUGCUACAACCACAAGUCUUAUAUUCAAAUCAAUAUUUAUUUAAUAAAACUGAAGUUGAUCCUCAAAAAUUCUCCACAUUGCAUUUUAAAACAACAAAAUCGUGUCUAUUAGUACAAAAACACCAUGGCUUAAUGAGGAAAGUGCAAUAGGAGUGUUCAGUUAAACAUCAACCAGGAAGGAAGAAGGAAAUACAGGAAAUUUAAAAGAAAGAAUACAUGUUUCCAAUCAUUAACAGGAGUUUAGCUCUGACAUUUUCAGGAGAGUUUUACUGUUUGCUUUUUCUGUGAAAUUAUAUUUUCAUUGUAUCAUAAAUCUUCCUCCCAUUCAACUCAUUGAAACACUGAGAACCACAAGUAAACCUGCAGUUUGUUAGGAUGAUAUGCUGCAAUGAGGGUCUAAGAUACAAUAGAGUCUGAUCAUUUGCCCAAUUUGUGGGGAACAUAUGAAACGAUUGACGCGGUUUUGUUUUUUGUGUGGUCGGUCUUUAGAGUGUUUAAAUGGUGCAGAUCAGACCAACAGAGUGCAUAAGCCGCUCCUCGUUGUCACUUCCGGUUCAACCCCGGAGUUGAGACAUUCCCUUUCCGGUUAAAUUUGGAUUUGUAAAAGUGUUUUCGAACUUGUAAAAGUGUUUAGUCGCUUGUAAAUUUGUCUUGGAGGUUGUAAAAGUGUUUUGCAUUUUGUAAAUUUGGUUUGCACCUCUCGGCCACCGUACAUUAGAGAUACAAUGAAGAAUAUUACAGACAGCACAGAGCAAAAAUUCUCUGUUCUGCUCAGUGUGUUUACAACAAGAUCAUUUUAGAACAGAAACUUAUUAGGAUUCAGAGCAGCUUUAUUUAGGAAUACCAUCUAAAGAAGGUACCUUGGACUGAACAGAAAUCUAAGCUGCUGCAAGACAAACUCAUUUAUUCAACAAACAAAUCUAUGAUAUUCACUGUUUUCAUGUUUUCUGUCCCCUCUCUGGUCUAGUUGGGGUCUGAUACUGUGGUUGUGUUGGUGAACAUUAAUAUGGUGCACAAAAUGAUCAUUAUUAUUCUAACAAGCAUUAGGGCUUUCAAAAAAGUUCAGCAACUGUUAAGACACAGUGACAAGCUUUUGUCUCUACUUGUACAUAUUCAAUGUCAUCCUAAGAUCUUGGGACACCCUGGACAGAUCGCCAGUCUGUCGCAGGGCUACAUACAUAGACAAACAAUCACUCUCACAUUCACACCUACGGGCAAUUUAGAGUAAUCAAUUAACCUCAGCAUAUUUUUGGACUGUGGGAGGAAGCCGGAGUACCCGGAGAAAACCCACGCAUGCACAGGGAGAACAUGCAAACUCCAUGCAGAAAGAUCCCGGGAAAGCCGGGACGCGAACCAGGGAUCUUCUUGCUGCAAGGCGAAAGUGCUAACCACUACGCCACUGUGCAGCCCCUGGUCGCAACAUAACUCAUUUUAUUGUUUUACAUAGGAAAAUACAAGUAUACAAGUUACAUCACUUUUCUCCAAAAUCUAUUCAUUUGUAUGUGGUUCAAUGAGAAAAAAAAACUAAAAAAAACAAAAAAAAAACUUUUCCAAUAAUUCAAAAACUGUUUGUUUCAAUGCAGCAUUGCGAUUGCUUAUUUUACUGUCCAACAAUUUAAAACAUGAAUGUUCAUGAAAUGUUGUCUGCCCAUUGCUUUACCAGUCUUUCAAUGUUGUGUUAUUAUGAUAAAUUAAUGCUGUUGAACUCACUUUUCUUUGUACAGUGUCAAUUCACAACAUAUGUUAUCUCAAGACACUCGGUGAGAUGAACAGCUUACAAAAUUUAGCAGAUGCAGAGCAGACAAACAUAACAGAACAAUAAACACUGGAGCUUUAUUGUUUGUUUUUCUCUGGAAUUGCAUGUUUAUUGUACCAUAUAAAGCUUAUCUGUAGAGCUGAAGUAUUAAACUCAAUAGACCUGCAGAGAUGAGACAGUAACUACAUUUUGUGCAAUGUGAAAUGAUUUCUAAAUACCAAUAUUUCUCAUACAAUCUGUUAUUCAAAGAGACUCUGUGCCCCCCAGUAUUUAACAUCAACUUUACUGAUGAAUUAUGAUUUCUUUCAGCCCUUUGAUUGUUGUUGUAAUUGUAUUUUAGCAUCUGUCAUUAUAUAAAUCCACAUGCAUGGUAAACAUAUGUGAACACAUGAUUUGAGAACUUAAAUGUAUUUUUCAACAACACUGAAAGUGACAAGGCCUGUAUGUAUGACACUGAAUGUGUUUGAGGAGUUUUCUUCAGAGAUCCAGUAGAAAUCAAAUAGACUUCUCUUUUUAAAGAAAAAAAAACUUAAAAGAGUUGAUUUCUUCAUAUUGUUUUUUCUGUGUUUUUAUUUCAUUA